AUGUCUUUCAAAACCCACCUCAAGAUAUUGGUGAUGUGCAUCACACUGUCUGUUCUUAUGAAGAUAAGCUCAGUCAGCGGCCUAGAUUGUCCCGGUGGGUUCGAUCCGGGGAGCCCAGCAUCUUGUAUUCAGGAUGUUCAAGGGUAUUCAAGAUACGAUUGCCCGUAUGAAACUUGCGGCCACGCUGGACAUAAGUGGGUUUGGAUGUCCAAUUGCGUGCCUUACCCGGAUGGCUCCGGAUUCAGUAACCAAAAAUGCGAGAAGUACAACUACCUUCGUCCAGGUCUUUACACUUGUGAAAACCAUGGCGGUUACACUUAUCAGUGUUUUCACAAGCUUGGUGAUAGACCAGUCAUAUCUUGUGAGAAUUGUACAAAACGCUAG